AUGGGUCAGUGGAAAGACAAUCGAUGGCACAUAGGUAUUCUGACAUGGAACACAGGCGAGACGUGUACCGGUAUAUGGUCAGGAAAUAAAACAAAUGGCUCUUUCGUAGACAACGACGGUACUGUAUUUGAAGGAGACUUGGUCGGAGAUGGUGUUGCACAUGGGCAAGGUAUUGAGAGGUACAUCGAUGGUACCUGUUACCGAGGCACGUACAAACUGGGAUCGAAAGAUGGACGCGGUUCGAUGACCUCACCAGAUGCCGCGCAAUAUGAUCGUAGGCACAUCUACAAACUAUCGACAGUGUUAGAAACGAUAUUGAAAUUCGUAUCACCAGAACAUACUAGGCUGUUUAUCAAUGAUUUUGUCGAGCAUAGCAGAUAUAAAUGGAAUAUUCUGAUCAUUGCUGCUACAUUUGGGUUUUAUAGUAGUGUCAAAAUGUUGUUGAACAAAUUUGAUGUUAAUGUUGAGAUCGAAGGUGUUGUCGAAUACGACAAUCAAAUUAUUCCGGGAACAACGGCCUUGUGGUGUGCAGCUGCAUCCAGUCAUUUAAAUAUUGUUAAACUAUUGCUUCAUUAUGGAGCAAAUAUUAAUCAUUUUACUCUAACGUACUCUACUCCACUAAGAGCAGCUACAUUUAACAAUCAGUUAAAGAUUGUUCAGCUGCUUGUUGCGAAUGGGGCAGCGAUCGACAUUCAAAAUAAAAGUCAUGGAGACACAUGCUUAGUAUUAGCGGCGUCAAAAGGACUCCGAGAAAUUGUCUACUAUCUGCUUAGAAAUGGUGCAGAUCCAAAUAUUAGAAGUCAUGAUGGCGCAACCGCUCUUCAUGUUGCUUGUGAAGAAAAUUAUUUAGAGUGUACUAAAUUGCUCACAACUCACGAAAACAUUAAAUCGAAAACUUUGGCCGGCCUAACGCCUCUGAUGACUGCAGCCGUUAAAAUAAAUCCGCUAAUUGUUGAACAUUUUAUCUCUAACGAAAAGCUAUGUUCGAAGCAAGAGGGUGCCGAUGCGCUGGAAUUGUUAGGGUCUUUUUAUUGUAAUAACGCUUCGAAUGCAGACAAUUUACAUAAAACUUACGAGUAUUUAUCAAGAGCAAUGCUUUUAAGAAGCACUUUCCAUAUUUCGAAGAUUAUUAGUCCACUGAUAGAAGAGUACGGAUAUCAGCAGGAGUGUCGAACGCUGGAAGAUCUUAGGAAUAUUCGACAUAAUGUGGAUGCUCUGCAUAUGGAAACAUUGAUAACGCUCGAACGAGUAUUAGGUACAAGUAGUGAAACGCUUCAUUCUGCUAUACUUCGUCGUGGUGGUGUGUACGCUGACGAAAAAAGGUAUGAUAGUUGCGUAACACUGUGGCUACGAGUAUGUAAUCUCAAAAAGUUAGUUGAUCAGUCGUUGGAUGAACCAUUAAUACGUUUAGUCGCCGUAUUUGCUGAAAUGUUCGAGAAUAAAAUUGAAGUCAAGACACAUUUAUUCAAACAAGUAUUGAAUUUGAACAUUGAUGAGCUGAAUCGAGAACGAUUGUUGAUUAACAGAAGUAUGAAUCCACACUGGACCAAUUGUAAGACGGCUUUAUACCUUUGUGCUGUUGCUGCAAAGGUUCUACCCACAAAGCCCAUUGAAGAACGACUUCAGCUUGAGAAAAUUAUUCGUCGGUUGAUCAGUUUCAAUUUCAAAACACGGGCUACUAAUUCAGCUCUGAUCCAUUUAUGCAUGGAUACUUCAGCAUCUACCAGCAACUUAGCGUACAAAUUUCCCUGUUCGUCAACAGCUCGAUUAUUAAUUGAGUUUGGAGCUAAAGUAAAUGCAAUGGACGCGAGCAGAAAUACGCCAUUACACAUAAUAGCUGGUUGCAGCAUGCAUAAUUUGGAUGAAGCCGAAAAUAUAAUAGAAAGUUUAAUUGAUAAUGGUGCUCAUACGGAUACGGUAAAUGACAAUGGAAAAAUACCAUUUGACUGUGGAAAACUUGAAAACAUCAGACGUAUAUUAAAAGCUAGAGCACGAAUAUCAUUAAAAUGUCUUGUGGCAAAAGCUAUUGUAAAACAUCAGAUUAAUUACCAUAAACAUGUUUCGAUGACACUUGCAACUUUUAUACGAAAUCAUUAG